CAUAUCACAACUACAUGCCACAUUUAACGUCUCUCAGUGUGCAGGACAGGUCCACUCCCUUGCACUGUGCUCUCACUGCCAGCUACCAGUGCUAGACACUACUCAUUUUAAAAAACGCUCACAACUGACCAAUCCAACCACGAAGCCCCCCAGUGCCUAGGAACUUCUCCUGUCUCGGACCUCUCCCCUGUGGAUAUAGGACCACGGUACUGCCAACAGACAGUCGCAACAGAACGACGGAUAUGAACUAGCUAGCCUACUCUUAAACAAUGAGCUGAAGCUGGACAGUCAACACGGAAGAGACCUAGUUCACUCACUCAUCUGCGACCGACGCUGGAAUGACGGAACGUUGUCUAUAUUUUUCACCGCUGUAGGCUAAUGCCUUGCACUUUUUUGAGAUAGGCUACCUGGACUUGAUAAAACAGAGUCUCCCAACGCCGUCCACUGAGGAUGGGGACUUUUAUACGGAAAAUAGGAGCAUUUUGGUGAAGCAUACUCUUCAAUUAUUUGGUUUAUUUUUUACUCUUACUGUGAAUUCUUGCGCGUCUGACUUCGAGGAGGGAAUCCUUGGUCUGUUUUUGCAAUCCGCCUUUUGAAUGAUGCAAAUCGACAGCAAAUCUCGCGCUGGUUUUCCGCACGCUCGGCGACUAGUCGUUAAAUAGCUAUUACUUUUAUUGACAGGUGCAUUGGAGAUGCUACAGGUGCAUGGUAUAGAUUUUUAUAUGAAACACAUUCCCAUAGAUCACAUAUAUUAAGUGCACCAAUAUUGACGAUUGCAUGUGUUUUUAUUACGUUUAUUACGUUGAAUAUGUAGGUUAUUGUGAAGUGUAGUAAUUUACCUGCCUUCUGAACUGCAAACGAUUUCAAUGUCACUCAGCAUUGUUUAUAGCCAUUAAGCGAGACUGUGAGCACAAUGGAACUCAAAGUAGAAUCCGAAGAAAUGGACUGCAACCAGCCACCCCCAGUUGAGGCUUUUGCGCAAAACUCAACGCUGCACGGAAUUUCGCACAUUUUCACCUAUGAGAGGGUCUGCAUCAAGCGCUGUCUAUGGGUCGUGUUCUUCCUAGGCUCCUUGACUUUCUUACUGUUUGUGUGCGUGGACCGAAUACACUUCUACCUGGAGUACCCACACGUCACCAAACUGGACGAGAUCUCGACCCCGGUGAUGGUGUUCCCCGCUGUCACGUUCUGCAACCUCAACUCGUUCCGCUUCAGUCGCGUGACGCGCAAUGACCUGUACCACGCAGGGGAGCUGCUAGCGCUGCUCAACCAGAGGUAUGAAAUCAGGGACACCCAUUUGGUGGAGGAAAGUGUUCUGGAGACCCUGAAGGUCAAAGCUGACUUCCACAACUUCAAGCCCCGCCCCUUCAACAUGCGUGAAUUCUACGACCGCACAGGACAUGACAUCAAGGAAAUACUGCUGGCGUGUCACUUCCGGGGUGCUGAGUGCAGAGCCGAGGACUUCCAAGUGGUGUUCACUCGCUAUGGGAAGUGUUACACGUUCAACGCAGGAGGCGAGGGCCGCACCCCUCUCAUAACUACCAAGGGAGGGAUGGGGAACGGUCUGGAGCUCAUGCUGGACAUUCAGCAAGAUGAGUACCUCCCUGUGUGGGGAGAGACAGAUGAGACCUCAUUUGAAGCUGGGAUCAAAGUUCAGAUCCACAAUCAGGAGGAGCCACCCUUCAUCGACCAGCUGGGCUUCGGAGUGGCACCUGGGUUCCAGACCUUUGUCUCCUGCCAGGAACAACGGCUGAUAUAUUUGCCCCCACCCUGGGGGGACUGUAAGGUGACAUGGAUGGACUCAGAAUUCUUUGAAACGUACAGCAUCACCGCCUGCCGUAUUGACUGUGAGACGCGCUACCUGGUGGAGAACUGUAACUGCCGCAUGGUGCACAUGCCUGGAGAUGCCCCAUACUGCACCCCUGAGCUGUACAAAGAGUGUGCUGAUCCAGCUCUUGACUUCCUGGUGGAGAGAGACAAUGAUUUUUGUGUGUGUGAGACGCCAUGCAACAUGACCAGAUACAGCAAGGAGCUGUCCUUCGUCAAGAUCCCCAGCAAGGCCUCUGCCAAGUAUCUGGCCAAAAAAUACAACAAGUCAGAGCAGUACAUAGCUGACAAUAUCCUGGUUCUGGACAUCUUCUUUGAGGCCCUAAACUAUGAGACGAUCGAACAGAAGAAAGCCUAUGAAGUAGCAGGACUUUUAGGUGAUAUUGGUGGUCAGAUGGGUCUUUUCAUUGGAGCCAGUAUCCUUACUAUUCUGGAGCUGUUUGACUAUGUCUAUGAGGUGAUAAAGUACAAGCUCUGUAGAUGCUCAGAGAAGAAACACAAGCACAGCAACAACAACGACCAGGGAGCUGUUCUGAGCCUGGACGAUGUGAAAUGUCACUCUCUCCAUGACAAUACUCAUGCACCACCUCCAUACUCUGCCAAUAUUCUACCUCAUCACACAGGGAGGAGCAACCCAGAGGAUGUCACUUGCUCAACCAAUCAGAACACAAGGAAGUAAGAAAAUGGAGCAUUUCAAUUUGAUUCAAAAGUGGACAGAUGUCGUGGUAUAAAGCUUGAUAAUGGGUAAUAUGUAACACUUCAAUAGCACUGAAGUCACACGGGUGCAAGAGUAGUGCUAGCCACGUAUAGCCUGCUGGAUCAUAUUGACUGCAAUGUCAUGAAAGUGGCAAUGUUAAUCCACGUAAAAAUUAAAAUAGUUAUUCUAUUGUCUUCUAAGAAUGUAAUUUUACUUGAGCUACAUUUAGAUAUAGCAAGCAGGACUAAGAGAUUUUGGCUUUGGGUGUGUGAUGGUGGGAAAUGUCCUCGCAGUAUAUUGGAAUAUUUGUCCGUGCUACAAUUUUGGUCUGUUUGUUUGUAUGGUUGUGUUUACGUGCAUGCCCUUUUUGAGUGUGUGUGUGUGUUUUGAGUGUAUGUGUGUGUGUAAUACUUCAAGAGUACACUUUCUCAAGUUAAUGAAUUGCAGUCCCGAAAUUGGCCCCUUUUGUAAUUUACUGCUUCUGUCCAAUUGGCCAAUUUGACAUAAUUCAAUGAAGUUGAUUUUUCAUCUUGUAUUAUAGAGUGAAAAACAAGUAAUUAUUCAAUUGAAAAGAUUGUUCACCAUUUUCUAAGUAAUAAAACAGAAAAGUCAACAUUUGUAUUUUCUUAUGUAAGAAGUGUGAAAGUUUUACAGCCAAAUGAGUAGAUGAGAUAGAACUAGAUGACGAGAGAUGUCGAUCCACUUUUUUGACAAUAGAAAUAUGGCCUGACUCCCCAAAGUUAAACAAUUGGACCACUGUUACUACAAUAUAUUUUGGUAGGAACCAUUGGAGGUAGUUAAGAGCACUUACUGAAACGAUCUCUUAUCACUCAUGCCUCAUUUGGCCAUGCUAGAUGUAUUUAUCAUAGGAAAAGGGGAGUUGUAUGAUAGUGUGUAACUGUGUAGUGUUAUUCUCAAGCACAACAGUACCAUGAACAUAUAAAUAAAAUACUGCAAGGAAAGACUAUGGAUAAUGUUCUGAUCGUGGUUGCAUAGUCUUGCCUAAUGUUAUUGAUGUAAUUAAUGUAGCCAUGUGUAUGUGAUCUUACUUUUGUUUUUCUAUAAAUACUAUGCCUACCAGUUUACAUGUUUUCAGAUGUUUUAUUUAUCUAAAAAGCAACAAUAAAGUAUAAUGAAAUUUCAA